UCCACAUCAUCAAGCAAUCCUUGACGUCCAUAAAAAUCUGCACAGUCCUAUCGGGGUCUCUGCAUUUUGGAAUUCAUGUGUUCUAACGCAAUAGGCAACCGAGAGAGCGCAGGAUAAAUCCGGAGUUUCUCCACUCUCCGUCACUGGUAGAACUGACUCAAAAGGAUCAUGCUGUACACCCUUGGGCGUCUUUGCACAUGCAAGCACUGCACAGAUCGUGUGCUUGAUUCUCGCCUGUAAAGAACUCGUGCUAGAUGCCAUUUGCGGUCUUGAUGAAUCGGCUGUUUUGCUGCAUGAAUGACAGCACUUUUGCUAGGUGCCCAGACCCGCACUGUUUUUCGAUCACAUUCAUGAAGCUAUUGCGAACAUCAACGUUUUCGGUAUGAAGGUAUGUGCCAAUCAGACCGGAUCGGCUACUUGCUAGUGAUGCUUGGGACUUGUCUGCCCAAUGUAAAUUCCAAGACACAGCGAUCUUCUCUUUCCAGCAUUCGCGCGAACAGUCCUUUCUUGUCUCGCUAGACCCGCGGAUUUCCUCCCCAAGCCUGCUUUUGCUGUUGUCUGGAUAACUCCAAAAAUUUUCAAUCCAUAGCUUCAAUCGAUUGGAAACCGAGCCACCCUGGAAGUGUCCUUCUGAUCGAGAAGCAACUAUGGCGUUCGAGUUGGCCAAUGGUCAUGGGACCACAAGACUGUCUAUCGAGCAGCUCCUGGAACGAGAGCGCCGACUGAAUUCCCCUGACGACAACAGCGUGCAAAGGCAACGAGCGCCACCCGGAAUUGGUAUCCUCAGUCGCACAUUGAUACCUAGUUCCAUGAUCAAGUGGAUAAUACCCGCGCGUUUUCUGCAUGGUGCCAACAUGCAGCUGUUAUUCGUUGGCGAGAACUACAUACAUAUCAAAGAAGUCAUUCCUGACGCCAAGGUUGACUACUGCCUUAGACAUCGCAAGACGAUACCGUACAUCAACGAUCACAUCAGGUCUGUGGCUCUGCUUGGCCGACCCCGCGUAUCCCAACUGUGGCGUGAGGGAAGCCCUAUGCCUGGCAUUGUCGACCUUAUGUUCCACUCUGGCGUGCCUGAACAGGAGCAUCCGGAAUUCCCCAUACAGGUACUAGUGGUGGCACUCAGCUCGGGCUUUCUGCAACUUCUUACACCGGAUCUUGAUUCGACUACCGAAGGGGAAUAUAUCAACUUCAAAUCAAAAUUGAUACCAUUGCCUCUCCCAGAGUACCAUGCAUCAUCACCGGGCUUCAAAAUAGCGGUAGACCCAUUCUCACGGGCAUUUGCCGUUGUUGCCCCAUUUGACCAUGUGGUCGUGUACAAUAAUUAUAGCAGUCGAGAUUUGGCGGCACGGAUAGCGUCGAACAAGGAUGAGUGGAAUCCAAUUCGCCAGGAAAGAAUUUUCAAAAUACCUGGCUGCAUUAUUGCUGUCGAGUUUCUGAACCCCGGCGAGACUUCGAAUGACGUGGUCAUGAUCAUUGUUUCAGCUGUCGGCAGAAGACAUGCUCUGUCAUGCUUCACCUGGAAUCAUCAUGACGGACCACGUUACCGGGCUGUUGUCGAGUCCAAGCCCUUAUACCUAGAACCAGGUUCUUUGUGCAACAUGAUCAUUCCUAUGGCACACACGCCAGAAUUCCUUCUCGUGCACGGCUCAACAAUCAACCUGUUCAUAGACAUAUUAUCCGGUUCUCCCCGUGUGAUGAACAUUAUCAACAAAAAGUCGAACUGGGAAUCUGAACCGGCUCACCCUGCCAACUCGAAACGGCGACCCCACUUUACAGCAUGGUCCCGCCCAAGCAGAGCACCAUCACACAAGGGAGAAUUCUUCUUUCUAAUCCGUGAGGACGGCGCGAUCCGACACUAUGAACGGACCCAGGGUCGCACAGGUCCCUACGGCGUGGUCGGUAAUUCGGGUGAGCUGGGUUGUCAUGUUGGCUCUGCAUUCGCGAGCUUCAACCCGAGGCGAAACACGCCAGACUAUGUGAUCGCAACAGGUGACAUGAGUCCCGGCGAAUUCGCGUCGAUGGGUUUGAACUUGGUGAGAAAUAAAAAUGCUGAGUCGAUGACGAGGCAUGAACAGAUGGAACUCGUUAAACAGGCCACCCUCCCGGACUGGGCGCCGAUUAUGGAUCUCCAUGUUGAUGAAGGAAAUAAGGGAUUUGGCAGGUCUGCAAUUUUGGCAACGACAGGACGUCAACCCUUUGGCGCCCUCAGCGAGUUAAGAAUUGGAAACGAGGCACGAAUCUCAUCUAUUGCUGAUCUGACGCAGCUGGAUGAAUCAUUUGUCGGGGCAAAUGGUCUAUGGGUGCUCCAGGAUCCAGCGGGAGAGCUCGUUCACUUAGUCACCUCAUAUCCGGACCGAACUACAGCCGUCUGCUUAUCCACUGAUGGACAGCUUGAGGAAAGUACGAUUACGCUUGAAAAUGAUCGAAACACAGUCUUUGCUGCCAUCACUCUCAAUGGGACUAUUGUACUGGUUACCGAGACAAAUAUUACUUUGCAAAGACUUACCAAGGAUGAAGAGAUGGAUUUGGAACCGAAUUUUAAACACUACACUUCUAGCAGUCAUAUUACAGCAGCUGUUUGUUACGGGAAUUUUCUUGUCGUGGCUUCGAGGCAGCACUCCUGGUCUUCCCACCUGGAAGUCUUUGAGGUAGGACAAGAAUCAUGCCAUCUCGCUCUUCAUGGAGAGGUGGCAAUUACUAGCAGUGAAAUCACAGCGUUAACAAUGUUUCAACACGGCGUAGACCUGUACGCCAUCAUCGCGACUCGAGAACCUAAGUUAAUGAUAUUGCAACUAAGCGAGGACGGAAGACCAUGUAACACCCCACGAGAGCAAAGCAGCAUGGUCGUCGACGUUCACGAUCUUGUCGUACAAAGCAUGCAAGUUCUGCUGAAGAGAUAUGACAAUGGCAUACAGCCUCAACUUGAGAAAACUGUGGCGUGCGGCACACGAGAUGGUCAGUUGAUUUGUGUUCAUUUGAACACUUCUGCGGGAAUACCUCGAUUUGGAGAGCGCGAAAGCUAUCGCAUUGGCCAUGGACCGGUUGUUGUCAGUUCAGAUACCAGCUCACUUGAUCGUGCGUUCGUUAUCUGCGACGAGGAGGUAAUUUCCAUUACUCAUAAGGAAAUUUCGAGCCCUGUUAUGCUGUUUACAAGUAUAAUCUUCACGGAUGAAAAUGACACCUCAUUCCAGCAAAAGGCUCUCGCCGCCAUCGUGACUUUACCAAUUAACGAGACCACCAAUAAUCCUGGAUUCGAGAUUACAAUAGCGUGUCACGAUGGCCAGAAUUUGAUCUUCGCGAGGCUGUUGUUCGAGCGCAGGACUUUACCUCGACGGCUGCCCCUGAGAAAGUAUAUGCCAAGCUCCAUUCCCGACAUGCCACCCCACGACAUAUCUGGAACUCCGACAAAGCUAUUCUACUCGAAAAAAUUAAAAGCAAACAUUGUUGCUGGCGUAAAAUAUGAACAUCGACCACAUGCCAAAGUUCCAGAGCCAUCAUGGCAAGGGAAGCGCGUCACCCGAGGCUUUCUUAGCAUUAUACCGUCCCACAGUAAUGAGAAUGUAACUCCUCAAGAGGAGCUAUGGAAUGAGAAGAUGACACAGGUAGACUUCGCUCCGUCUGAGCGGAUACUUAGUGCCUGUGAAUGGGUUUUCAAGCGUGAUGGUAAAACGUACGAGUACCUGUUAGCCGGCACGAGCAUUAAAAAAGGCAAACCAAUAAUUCUUAAUGAUGGACAUAAGCGAGAUAAGACCGGUAGACUCUGGUUCUUCGCUGCACGUAAAAGCAGUAACGGGACAGUCAAAUUGGAGUUGAAAGGCAUAAAGGAAAUUGAUCAGCCUGUACGGGCUCUUGCUAACUUGGAUGAGACCAAGGUCAUCGUUGCACAUGAUCACAUACUUUCUGUGUAUACACUAUCUACAACAAACAAGUGGUCUCGUGUCUGCAAGAAAGAACUCCGAAGUACAGCUGUUCACAUCACUGUCGUAGGUCUUCAUAUCUUUGUCACAACGUCGAUCAAUUCGACAAUUGCAUUUGCAUACGAGGCCAAGGAAGUGCAGGGUGAAGAGAAAUUCGAACUCGUUGAGUUGCUCACUGAUGAUGUGUCCCGUCAAGGUAUUACACAUACCGUACUGGAUAUUCAGUGGAGAUCAGUGGAGCCAACAGCAUCUUUCCCCACCACCAGUCAAAGUCAAAGAGAAAAAGAUGAUAAAGUGUUGAGUAUUCUCCUUGGCUCUGAUAAAGACGGUCAAAUCUAUGCACUUGAAAUUCCGAAAUCGCGGACCUGGAGGAGAGCCGCAUCGACCAUAUUCGAGCUUUCGGUGCCUCAAUGUGUUGUCAAAUUCACAUCGGCUAAUGUUCGAGCGCCGUGGUAUAAUCGCGACACUGCAGUACAGGGUGUGCUCAGAGAUGAUAUCAUUGGUGCAACAGCAGACGGCACAGUUUACCAUUUCACCAUCUUGACAGACGAGGCGCGUUUACUCUUCAAAUUUUUGGAGAACCUCGUACGAUGGAACGAAGUGGAGAAUCAAAUUAACAUUCUUCACCUUGAGCAACAGUCUAUCGGACCCCGAGAUACAGAUAUGCAUACCGCUGACAGCGAUGAGGCAGUGCUGGCUUGGCCUAUGCAAAAUGUUAUUAUCGACCCAGAAUUUGUACCAGGUGCCGUCGGUGAGCGGAAAAGGAGAGAUCAAUACGGCAUAAACGGCGAUCUGUUGGAUUGCUUUCUUGGUAAGAAUGGCCGCGUAAAUUUGUGUGAAAUGUUAAACAGAGAGGGCGUAGCGAACUGGAAGGAAGAAAGUCGAUACGUAGGCAACCAGAGGCACAUGAAGUGGAAGAAGUUCCGAGAACUUGUUCAGAGGCAUCUUGGGCCAGUUGAAACGACAAGUGAACAGGAUCAAGAGCAGAUGAUAGAUAGAUGCAUCAAUUGGCUGGAGGAAGUCAUGAGACCUGUAUUAUGAACAAAUUAGCCCUGGAUGCAGUUGUUCCGGCAAUAUCAGGAUGGUUUGACGCCAGUGACAGCGUUUGCUGCCGCAAUUGAAAAAUGAACUUGUACCGUUAAAUUCACUUCGAACUGAUUCUUGUUUUCAACAUGCCACAAAAUGAUUCAAACAUUGAAC